AUGUUUGGUGAGUGGAUUUAUGCAAAGCUCCCGCGCAGCACGGAAGUGAAAGUUCCCAAAGGAGGAUCUCAAUGGUUCUCCGACGUGUACCUUGGUAAGGACACUGAAGCUGAUGAGGUUAUCCUUUGGGAUGCGAAUGGCGUCUUCAAGGUGAGGUUGGCGCUGAUCGUGCGCCGACUGCGAUUGAGCACGAGUGACAAGGUCGUUGGAAAGGAUGGUACGAGGAUUGAUGUCGAAGUAAUGCCGAGGAAGGAGAACUCUGCCAAGAAAUGCGACUCUUCGAGCAGAAACGAAGGGAAUCAUGAUGAAGGAGAUGACCCAACGAGAAACUUCGACGUGUGUGAUGAGGUGCAGAUUGAGGACUGCGCCCAGGAGCAGUUUGAUGAUGCCCUUGACGAAAAUGAGAAGAGUGAAGAGGAAAACUUGUUUGCAUCGACGCCCUUGUUU